AUGGAGACCGAUGCCAAGCCCCAACAUGCAAUCGCGUCGCCAGACGUGGAGGAGAACAUGAGCGUCAGCAAAUACAUCGCGACGCGCUUGACCUCACUGAAACCACCGAUGAACCCCGCGCCAAACCCGUUCAAGGCCCUAACCCUCCUAAACCGGCAACAGUGGCUAAAUUUCUUGGUCGCAUUCUGCGGCUGGUCAUGGGACUCCUUCGACUUCUUCACCGUCUCUCUGACAACCUCCCAGCUCGCCAAAACCUUCGACAAAUCCAUCACCGACAUAACAUGGGGAAUAACUCUAGUCCUAAUGCUCCGCUCCGUCGGCGCCAUAAUCUUCGGAAUCGCUUCAGACCGCUGGGGCCGCAAAUGGCCCUUCAUCGUUAACCAACUGCUCUUUGUCGUCCUCGAGCUAGGCGCCGGCUUCUGCCAAACCUACAAACAAUUCCUGGCCUGUCGCGCCCUCUUCGGUAUCGCCAUGGGAGGUCUGUAUGGUAAUGCAGCUGCCACCGCGCUCGAGGACUGUCCCGCCGAGGCGCGUGGUAUUAUCUCCGGUCUGCUGCAGCAGGGUUAUGCUUUUGGAUACCUGCUCGCCACGGCUUUUGCUCGCGCGCUCGUUGAUACGACCCCGCACGGAUGGCGUCCGCUUUAUUGGUUUGCGGCUUGUCCGCCUGUUCUUAUUAUCAUCUUCCGUUUGUUCUUGGGUGAGACGGAGACUUUCCGGCGAAGACAGGAGACACGCGAGGAGAUGCGCGGUGGCGUUGCUGCUUCGUUCUUGUCGGAGGGCAAGGUUGCGCUGAAGCGUCAUUGGCUUCUUCUUAUUUAUCUGGUAUUGCUGAUGGCUGGAUUCAACUUUAUGUCCCACGGCUCCCAGGAUCUCUACCCGACAAUGCUAGAGAACCAAUUCAACUUCUCCAAAAACGCAGUCACAGUCACCCAAGUCGUGGCAAACCUAGGCGCCCUCACAGGCGGCACACUCUGCGGCUGGGCGAGUCAAAUCUUCGGCCGCCGCUUCUCAAUCAUUGUCAUCUCCAUCGUCGGCGGCGCCUUGCUGUACCCCUACACAUUCGUCACAAACAAGAACGUUAUUGCCGCCGCCUACUUUGAGCAAUUCAUGGUCCAAGGCGCCUGGGGUGUAAUCCCCAUCCAUCUAAUGGAAUUGUCUCCUGGCCCGAUCCGCACGUUCGCUGUUGGAACGGCUUACCAGCUUGGAAAUCUUGUUUCGUCGGCUAGUUCGACCAUUGAAUCGACUAUUGGUGAGCGGUUCCCCUUGCCGCCUACUGAGGAGACGAAGCAUCGCUAUGAGUACGGCAAGGUGAUUUGUAUUUUUAUGGGGUGUGUUUUCGCUUAUGUUAUUCUUAUUACAUUUGUUGGGCCUGAGAGAUUGGGGAGGAACUUUGAUGCUGAGCAUGAUGCUGAUUUGCAGGUUGUUGCUGCUCAUCGGGGGAUGGAUAGGAAGGGGGAUCCCGAUGAGGAGAAGGGGAGGGUAGAGACUGUGGAGUAG